GUUUGGCGGUCGAACCGGGCAAGAUGGCGGCGCCCAGGCGGUGAGGGGUGAAGGGAGCGGGAGGUGCCGUUGCGGGUUAUGAGCGCGGCCCGGCGCUGCGGCCCACCCCGGGCUCUCACAGGAUUAUUUGUCUGGCACCUUCUGAAACCAGCAGUAUGGCAAAUGCCAUGCAAGUUUAUGCACUGUUGUGGAGUAGCCAAUAAAAGAUGGAUUACAUUUCAGCACCUUAACUUCCUCAAACGAAUGUAUGUAACACAGUACAACAAAGACCUCAGUCAGCAAGCAAAACCGAAGUCAGAUCCAGUUGCACCUCCUUUCCUUGAGAAAAAACAUUUGGGUCAAGAAAAAACAGUUCUACGUGAGAUCAGACCAGUUUCACCUCUCCACCCACCUUUGUCUGAGACUUCGAACAGAAAUGAGUUCAAAGCAGUAAAUUCAGCUGCAAUUGUAGAAGACUUGGCAACAGCCGUAGGAGCAGAAUCCAAAGAAGAAAAACAGUGGAAAGAAAUGAAGCUACAACUGGAUGAUUUACCAGGAAUUUUGGCACGUUUGUCCAAAAUCAAACUUACAGCUCUGGUUGUGAGUACCGCAUCUGCUGGGUUUGCUAUGGCUCCGGUCCCUUUUGACCUAACUUGUUUCCUGCUUACCUCCAUUGGAACUGGACUUGCUUCCUGUGCAGCCAAUUCCAUCAAUCAGUUCUUUGAGGUUCCCUUUGACUCGAAUAUGAACAGGACAAAAAACAGACCCCUGGUGCGAGGACAGAUCAGCCCUCUGCUUGCAGUGUCCUUUGCAGCCUCCUGUGCAGUUCCAGGAAUCGCCCUGCUGACCCUGGGAGUAAAUCCUCUCACUGGGGCGCUGGGAGCCUUCAACAUUUUCCUGUACACGUGUUGUUACACACCGAUGAAAAGAAUGAGCAUUGUCAACACGUGGGUGGGAGCUGUUGUUGGUGCCAUUCCCCCCAUCAUGGGCUGGACUGCAGCUACUGGCAGCCUUGAUGCUGGCGCGUUGCUGUUGGGAGGAAUUCUCUAUUCCUGGCAGUUUCCUCAUUUCAAUGCCCUGAGCUGGGGCCUCCGGGAGGAUUACUCACGAGGAGGAUACUGCAUGAUGUCCGUCACUCACCCUGCGAUGUGCCGGCGGGUUGCUCUGCGUCACUGCUUGGCCUUAAUUGGACUCUCAACAAUGGCCCCCAUCCUCGAUGUCACCACAUGGAAUUUUCCGCUCAUUUCACUCCCUAUCAACCUGUACAUUUCCUACCUCGGCUUUCGGUUCUACAGGGAUGCAGAUCGCAGCAGCUCUAGGAAACUUUUCUUCUGCAGCCUGUGGCACUUACCAAUGCUUCUGCUUCUCAUGCUCACAUGUAAGAAAUCUCUGAUAGAGAAAGAAGACAAAAGCGAGCUUCUGAGUUGAAAUCAGGUUGCCUUAAUGUCAAUUAGAGCUAAUGACACCUAUUUUUAUUUUCAAGCAGAGGGUCUUUUGCUAAUUAUGGGCGGGAAAAUCUAUGGCAGUGUGUUUAAAGAGAAUCCCUUGUGCCCGGUGACCACUUUACAUAAUUGUUUUCUAAUUUCUUUUUAGAGGGAGGAACUUGGGGGACUUAAAUGGCUCAUGGGCUUGGUCAAUGGGAUCAAAGCCCCUUUCACUCCUUAGGUCAUGAGUUAAAAUCCAGCCGAGGUGAAAAAGGAAUCAUGUUCCCUUGGCUUCCUGCUAGCCUAUGUGAAAUGAGUUUGGUGACCAGUGCAAUGAGGUAAAUGAGUGAAAUGAGCAGGUAUCUAAUGGCAGAAGCACCAGCCCCACAAUGGGCCCUCAUCAUUGACAUUCUUAGUGAGGAAGCCCAGGAGACUUGUUGGAUACUGAGCUUUCCUCUUGCCCCCUGUGAGCAGGUAUUCUGUCCAGAAUAGGCUUGAGGCACAUUGGCAGGGUAGUGAGGGGGAAGCUUGCAUUGCCCCUGUCAUGCCAUCCCUGUUCUGUGACUAAAUGGAGGACUUCGAUUUCCAGGACUGUCAAUCCGACACCUUUCACAAGGAUUCAGUUCACUUUCGGAUAUUUUCAGAGAACCCAGAUUAUUUUCUAUUCUGUCUUCAGCACUUUGUAGAUCAUACAACACACACAGCACAUUAGCAUCUAGGAAAGCCCUUCAAGAAAUUUCACAAGUUUGCCAGUGUCCUUGUCACCCUGAUAUAAAAACUUGACAGCGUUCUUUAAUGGUACAGGACGACUCUGGUCUCAAUUACACUGGUGUAAAUCAGGAGUGACUCCAUUGCCCUCGGUCUCUGUUGGCAAUAGUGCUCUAUGGGAACAGAAUCAGGUGUUUUAAAUGCCAUUUAAACAAUCAGACAUAAGAUGCUUUCCUCUCUCUAUUGAUUGCAGAUAACAGUGCUGAAUCCCUGUUACUGUUUUUCUGAAAUAGACUCCAUUGUAUUCAGGUUGUUUACUGUGGGAACACUGCAUAGGAAUACCUGGAAACAGUCUACAACCCAGUACAGCUUCUCAAUUUGUAAAAUAUAUGAGUUUGUUCUGCAAUAAAACAUACUGUACAAGA